AUGGCUGGUCCUCCCCCGAAGCGACGGCGCUACAUGCCCGAGGAAGGCCUUCCGACCCUCACGGAGACCCAGGGCCUCGUGGGUGCACAGGACCCUGGGGCGGCAGAGGAGGUUGCUUCCUCCUCCUCCUCCAGGUCCUCCGCCUCCGCCGCGUCCUCCUCCUCCUCCUCCGCCGCCGCCAUGUCCUCAUCCCCCUCCUCCUCCCCCUCUUGCUUUUCUCAUAUCUCAGGCGGUGAGGAAGACGUUCCUAUGGUUUCACCAACCCCGAGUCCGCUCCAGGGCCCUGAGCGUGCCUGCCCCUCCCCCACUGCCUCUGCCUCCGUGCCACCCACACAAUCUGAUGGUGGCUCCGGCAGCGCAAUGGAGGUUGGUCUGGGCACUUCACAGGUCCUUAGUUCCUUUCCCAGUAUCGUGAUUCACGACAAGGCAGCUCAGCUGCUGGCCUUCCUGCUCCUCAAGUAUGUUGCCAUGGAGUCGACCACGAAGGCGGAGAUGCUGGAGGUGCUGGGCCUGGAUCACCAGGACCAUUUCCCUGUGAUCUUCAGCUGUGUCUCCGAGUGCUUGCAGCUGGCCUUUGGCAUCGACGUGGAGGAAGGGGAUCCCAGCGACCACUCCUACAUGCUGGUCACAGCCCCGGGCCUCACCUACAGCUGGCAGCUGAGCUAUGAGCAGAGCCUGCCCAUGAGCAGCCUCCUGCUGUUUCUCCUGACCAUAAUCUUCAUGGAGGGUGACUGGGCCCCUGAGGAAAAAGUGUGGGAGAUGCUGGGUGUCAUGGGGAUGUGUCCCGGGAGGGAGCAUGUCAUCUUUGGGGACCCCAGGGAGCUCAUCAUCGGGGUGUGGGUGCAGGAGCAGUACCUGGAGUACCGGCAGGUGCCCGACAGCGAUCCCGCUCGCUUCCACCUGCUCUGGGGCCCCAGGGCCCACGUGGAGGCCAACGUGAUAGAAAUCCUGGAGUUUUUGGCCAAGGUCAAAGAGAGCACCACUAAUGCCUGUCUUACCUGGUAUAAGGAGGAUGUGAGAGGGUAG